CUUUGCACUGUCGGGCUACACAGAUGCCGCCGCCUCCGCUCCCAGCUGCCCUUCUGGUUAGUUUUUCUGCCUGUCCUCUAGUCGGAUUUGUCAGAGGGGCGCACGCAGGAGCUAGGAACUAGUCGGAUUUGAAGUUGGAAAUCUCUCCGGACUCUUUGUGCAUCAGAUUCAUGGAUUUGGACUCAUCUCCUACUCGGAUUAUUAGAGUUGAUGCCUCCGUGGUUGCCAUUUAAGUGCUGCCCUCCCCUCUUGAUGUGCUUUCAUCCUAGCCUGAAUUGAGUGUUGGUUGGAAGCGACGGAAGCAACCCGAUUGUGCAAUUUCCCCAAUGGAGGCGUGUAGUGUCACCAGGAUAAUGAGCUUAGGGCAUCUGGACUUGACAAUUUUGCAUAAGCUGCUGGCUCUUUCUCCCGGUUCACACAUGAAAUUCAGAAAAGACCCGCCGCUGAUGGAGGCCGAGACCUUGGUACCAAAUUCGUACAGGAAGUUCAGAAAAGACACGCUGCUGAUGGAGACCGGGACGGUGGUUGAAAUUUUGGGCAGGAAAUUCAGAGAAGACCCAUUGCUGAUGGAGACCGAGACCGUGGUGCAAAAUUCGCCGGAGCUGCCGCUGGAUGUAUUAAUGGAUAUCUUUGCCCAACUAGAGAUCCCUGACUUCAUACGCGCUGGCUCUGUCUGCUCCGCCUGGCGCUCCGCGUAUACCAUCCUACACAGCCAGCUUGUGCAGUACAAACGGCGCCAAACACCUUGCCUCCUCUACACCUCUGAGUCUGUUGCUGACAACGUAGCUUGUCUCUACAGCCUCGCUGAGAAGAGGGCCUACAAUAUUACUCUUCCGGAUCCACCCAUCCGUAGUAGGUAUCUGAUUGGGUCCUCCCAUGGCUGGUUAGUUACCGCAGAUGACAAGUCUGAGCUUCAUCUUCUUAAUCCGAUAACUAGCCAACAGAUAGCUCUCCCGCCCGUGAUCACCAUUGAGCAUGUAAAGCCGAUCUUAGACGAUGCCGGUGCAAUUAGUAAAUAUGAGUUGUGGGAUGACUUGGAUGUGGAAAUACAUGAUCUAGACAAGCUCCGUGACUGCCUCUACUUCCGGGCAUUUGUGUUUCCUGAUACAUCUACGGGAAGCUACAUUGUGGUUUUAAUCAUCUUUCCAUACCGCCAGCUUUUGUUUGCAAGGGUAGGUGAUUGUAAGUGGACCUUGCUGCCACCAGGUGAGGACUAUGAACAAUGCAUCCACAUGGAUGGUCUAUUGUAUGCGUUCACAAGAACCGGGCAAAUCGAUGCUUUUGAUCUCACUGGUCCUACCUUCCCGAGGAAUGUUAUUGCAGACGAGAUGGAGAAUCACAUCAGUGGGAUGGAUGGGUUGAUGUAUGUUGUUCAGGCCCCAUGUGGUGAUCUAUUGCAAGUUUGCAGGGGUGCUGAAGUCACAGAAGAUAUCCUGGUAGAGACUGACAAAAUAAUGGUAUAUAAAGCUGAUAUGUCAGCAAAAAAGCUUGUGAAAAUGAACGGCUUGCAUGAUCAUGUGUUGUUUCUUGGCCGUAGUCAGUCACAGUGCCUUAGUGCUGAACAAUAUCCGCAGCUGAAGACAAAUUGUGUUUAUUUCACUGAUGACGAUACAUAUAUUUCGAGGUAUAAGAAUGAUCGCCGGGAUAUUGGUAUUCUCAACUUAGAAAAUGGUGGCAGGGAAGAAAUUGCAUCCAAGCUUUGGUGCAACUGGCCAAAUCCCAUAUGGAUAACACCCAAUAUCACAAGGAUGAACAUGGGGGUGUACAAAUAGUUAAUGUACUGUAUUUAUUUGAGUAUCUACCUUCUCGAAUGCUAUUAGAGAAUGUCCAAUAGGACCAUGUCGACAAAAUUUUCUAAUUUUGGGGGCAACUGCUAUGACACAGAGGCGUGUUCUGUUUCUCUGUUCUUCAUAUACCUGGUCUCUUAUAUUUUAUAAAAGGCUUUUAUUUUCUGAACUGUCCAAUAUGUGUUGUUCACGGUUCACAUAGUAUCUUCUACAUUCAGGAUAGUCUAACAUGGAACCACAAUUUUAGAUUUUAACCACAAUGUUCUGAGGUGAUUCCUUUCAUCUAACACGGCCUACGAUUUGGUCGUGCCUAACAAAAAAACUAGAAUUUAGACUUCAUAUGUCGGCUCACACAUGGCACGGAGAUACCAUGCAAGCCCAAGCCUACAUGUCCUCUACAUGCUUGUUAAUCGGUGAUCCACUAACGGGGCAUACUGUGGCUGACGGUAUCUUCUCGGGCUUGUGUGGUUUUCUGUAACACUCAUGGCCUGAUAUGAUGAAAACCUAAUGCGCAAUGAAUAGCCAGUCCCCACAUGUCACAUGUGCAAAUCUCCAAAACUUUGGAAGUUUCAGGAAAUAAAAAAGAAGUAUGGACUUAAUGAUUUGUGCUAAGCCUUGCAAAUGUCCUUCCAAGUUCGCUUACAUAAUUUAGCAAGGGCAUUAUCCUAGAUAAACUUAUAAGAAUAUAUUUGGUAUGCUCUGAGCUCAUUACUAGCUUGGCUCUAGAACCACCUGUCUCAUCUUGAGAUACCAGUA